GUCUUUUCAUUGGGUGUAACAUUGCUCAUUUAUGUUUUGAAAUAUUUUUAGGUCCCUUUUCAUUCAUAAAUUGCUUGAGUUGUGAUGUUGUUUUGAAAAUUUUUAAUUGUGAAGUUGUAUUAAGUUGUGUACUGGUUUGGGAUUUCGUAAAUAUUUAUGGUGGCUUUUUCCCGAGUAUUUAGUUUUGCCACUUAUAUCUCAGUAAGAAUUAAUUACUCCAAUUAUUUUAUGGGAAUUUGGUUGUUUUAUUGAAAGAGUUGAAGACACCAUUGAAGUAAUAAGAGUACUGUGUUGAAGACAAGAAAGAAGUAAUAAGAGUGUCGUGUUGAAGACACCAAUCAAGUAAUAAGAGUUCUGUUCAAGGUGAUGUUAGUGUACUUGAAGGUUCGGAAGCUUGAGUUUGAAUUCAUUGUGAAGAAGUUGAAGGUCUUGAAGAUUUUCAUCUCAAUUAAUACUUUGGCAUCUACAAGGGAGCCAAGAGGCUUUGGGUUUGUUCAAUAUGUAGACCCAGCUGAUGCUGCAGAUGCAAAAUAUCAUAUGGAUGGUCAAAUUCUUCUAGGUCGUGAGUUAACUGUGGUGUUUGCUGAAGAAAACAGAAAGAAACCUGCAGAAAUGAGAGCAAGAGAACGUGGGAGGGAUCGGUCAUAUGAUUAUAGGAGAUCUCCACUGCGUCAGUCUCAAUCGCCUCGGUAUGCACGAACCUAUUCACCUGAUUCAGACUAUUCACUUUCCCCAAGACGAAGGAGAUAUUCAAGGUCAAUCUCACCAAGAGAUAGAAGGUACAGGGAUCGAUCAUACUCUAGAUCACCUUAUGGAUCAAGGGGCCGCAGUCGAAGCAGGAGUUACAGCAGGAGCAUGAGCAGAAGUCCAGGUUACUCUAGGUGAUUUACUUGACGGGCUUGAUGAAUGCGAUGGAAGAUAUUGUAGUUUUCAACCAGGAUUGUGUGUUAAAUGCUUCAGAUUAUUAGUAUGUUGUUAAUUUGUAGAAAGGAUCUGUCUUGGUUUUCUUUACGAGACAAUUUUCAUUUAUGCUCUAGUUUAAUCCGAACUAUGAUUGAACUGCUUGUUAGAGAACGUAGUGUUUGCAUUUCAGCUACCGUGUAUUUAGUUAUGGAUUUUCAUGGAUGUUUAUUCUGCCCUUUCAGUACUUUUGCUUAAUUUCUUCUGCAAUGCAAUCUGCGUAUGCCUAGCGGACUCGAGAAGGUAGAAGGUCGACGAGGUGUCAUAUUCGAAGGUGAAAAAAGGCCGACACGUAUCCAAUGCAACACAACCAUUGGCGAACUGCAUCAGAGAAUUCGGCAGAAGUUAAGUCUUCAAGACAACCAAUGUAUCACUGAGAUCACGACAACGGUGUGGCAAGGUGAUAAAUACAUUAGUUUGAAAGUGCUUGACGAUGAAGACUUGGAGAUGACAAUGGAAGAAUUUUGCAACCAGUCAAGGACAGAUUUUCUAGAGUUGUAUGUCGACAUCGUCGCAACGGAGAAUGCUCCCAUACCGGUGAGGUCAGUUUAUUUAAAUUCUCCCCGUCUUCCAGCUUCUCCUGCCGCUCAUGCGUCUCCAGUUGGUAACUUUUCUGAGGGAGAUGAAAAUGAUCCGACUUGAGAAAUGCACGACGAAGAUGACAAUGACGACGAUGAAAAUAUGGCAAUGGAAGAACAUCUUCUGGCGGAGGAUGCUAGUGCUUCAGAAGGAGAUGAAUCUCGUGAGAUGGGUGCGUCUGAAAUCCCAAUAUUCCAUCAACCAGUCGUCGCGCAAAUGCCGCAGUUGAAUGACGUUGCGUCUGCUCCGUUUGGUAUUCCACAAGAAGGUGACACAGAUUUAUUCCUUUUUGGGAAGGAAUUCCGCAUUAUUGUUACAUUGAUUGGAGUUAUCAGAGCGAACAAGAAUCAUGUACUGAUGGUUCGGUGUCUGGAUCGGCUUCAAUACAAGGUCCGUGGCAAUUGGGUGACACGUUAUUUGUCGAUCAAGAAUUUGCGACAAAAAAAGAUGUCCAAAUGGCACUUAAGCACAACCUUAUUAGGGAGCAUCAAGAAGCCAUUGUAAUUGAGAGCACGCCUGCAAAGUUGUCCAUGAAAUGUUGUGCGUACGAUCAAGGUUGUCUGUGGCGCGUAAGGGCGACCAAACCGGUGUUUCGUGAAAAUUGGAAAAUAACGAGAUGGGGUGGAAAACACGAAUGUGUGAAUGAGCACAUUUCCCAGGGUCAUGCUCGAUGUGGACGUUAUUGCAGAUCUCGUGAUAGGGAUGAUAAAGUCUGAACCAUCUGUGUCAAUCUCUUUGGUGCAAGAAAGGAUAACUGCUAAAUAUGGCUUUCAAGUUUCCUACAGAAAGGCGUGGUAUGCGAAGCAGAAAGCGAUGGCAAUUCUGUACGGUGAUUGGGAGGAAUCGUAUGCUUUUUUACCAAGGUGGUGCAAAUACAUGCUUCGCUUUUCUCCAGGUUCAUUUUAUCAUAUACAAACUAAUGAUCUUUAUGCCGAGGAGAGCUUAGUUUCUGGAAAAAGGGUUUUUCAUCGCAUUUUUUGGACGUUUAGACAGUGUUGUGAGGCGUUCAAAUUUGCCAAACCCGUCAUACAAAUUGAUGGAACACAUUUAUAUGGAAAGUACAAAGGGAAAUUGUUGGUGGCCACAGCCCAAGAUGGUAAUAAUGAAUGUUUACCGAUCGCAUUUGCCAUCGUAGAAGGCGAAACCUUGGAAGCAUGGGAUUAUUUUCUCGUUAAUAUUCGUGUUCAUGUGACUACGAUGUCAAACAUAUGUUUGAUAUCCGAUCGACAUCGAAGCAUAAUAUCUGCUGUGGAAAAUAACCCUACUUGGCAGCCGCCAAAUGCGUAUCACGUAUUCUGUAAUCGUCAUAUUGCAAGCAACUUCAAUCAAAAGUUUUGAAAUGAAGAUUUGAAGCGGAUGUUAAAGAAUUUAGGUUAUACUCCAGCAAUGGUUGAUUUUGAAAGGAAUCUUGCGAGUUUCCGUGAAAGUAGUCCUCAAAUUGUUGAGUGGAUUGAUGCGAUUCCUAAGGAAAAGUGGUCGCGUGCCUACGAUAUUGAAGGACGGAGGUACGGUCAUAUGACAACAAAUUUGGCUGAAUCUGUCAAUAGGGUUUUGAAGGGGGCCAGAAAUAUGCCUAUAACAGCAUUGGUUAAGCAUAUAUAUAGUAGAUUGGUUGCAUAUUUUGUUGAGAAAGGAACAAAUGCUCUUGCACAACUUCAAUCAGCUCAUCAUCACUCCAAACAUGUUGUUGAAUUGGUCAAGAAGAACCAGGUAGAUGCAACAGGCCACCACGUUCGUGCAUACAAUGUUGAACAUACUGUAUUCGAGGUUGACGCAGGUUGGGAGCGUUCAUAUUCUGUCAACCUCCCACAGAGAUACUGUCAGUGUGGAAAGUUUAAGGCCUUUAAGUAUCUGUGUAGUCACGUCGUUGCUGCUGCGUUAAGUGUUAGGCAGAGUGUGUUCACUUACGUUGACGACGUCUUCUUGAUAACUAACUUGGUCGAGGCUUAUUCUUUUCCGUGGGAGCCAAUCGGAAACGAGGAAGCAAUACCUGAAAUUAGUGGUGCAAAGAUUAUUCCUGAUUCUACUAUGUUGCGUGCAAAAGGUCGUCCAAAGUCAACUCGCAUCCGCAACGAGAUGGAUGAAGUUGAGACAAGCCAGAGCCGUAUCAGGUGUGGACUUUGCAAGGAACGCGGCCAUAAUCGUCGGCGAUGUCCAAGUCGUGGGAGAAACGACUGAUUUGCAUAUUAUGUCAUUAUUUUGUUGUUGGUUAUGUUAUUGCAUGAAUUGUAAUGUUCGUUAUGUUGGACUUUUUACUUUC